ACGAGGAGGAACAGUAAAGUCAAAUAACAGCUAAGCCAAGCCAACGCCGCCGUUUCGCUUACUUUCUCUCUUGAGCCGAUCAAUGAAGCCGCCGCCGCCGCCGCCUCCAUCACCCAACACUUACCCUUACACUUCCACUUCCACUUCCACUUCCACUUCCAGGAAGCGAUUGUUUUCCGGUAAAGGCUCCAACUUCAUGGGACACGAAAUCUUCGAAAUCCCGCCCCUAUUUUUUCGGUCCUCCAAAAUGCAUAAACAAAAGCAGGUCAUUCCACAUGAUGUGAUUGAUAUAGACAAAGGGGGAGAUUCUGCUGAUGUAAUGUUCAUUGAUGGAAAAGUUCACACAUGGAACAAAUUGCGGAGCAACAAAGGGAAGAAAAUAAAAGAUGUUUCUGAUGGUUAUGGUGGUCAUCAAGCUAAGGUCAUUCUGCACGAUGUGAUUGAUAUAGACAAAGAGGGGGAUUCUGCUGAUGUAAUGUUUAUUGAUGAAAAAGUUCACACAAGUAAAAAAGGGAAGGAAAUAAAAGAUGUGGCUGAUGGUUAUGGUCAUCAUCAAGCUAAGGAAGAUUUUGCUAAUUAUAUUUUUGGUGCUGGUGUGGAAAUGUUUGGAUCAGUGAAUGGGGUUGAGUCUUCUGAGAUGCAUAAUUUAAUCAACCUUGAUGGUCAUAGUUCUGAUCUAUCUUAUGAUGAUAAUAAUGAGUAUGCUGAUUUUUUUCCCGAUGAUAUCUAUGAUGUUGAUGAGUAUGCCAUUUUGCAAGCCCAUUUUGAUAGCAUGGAUAUUCCUCCUGGAAUAGAGGCACCAGUUCCUUGGUUGCCAGAUUUUGCACAACAUGAGAAACAGCCAGUUACUGGAAGUAGUUCACACUAUACGGAGUCACAAAUGCACUUGGAUGUUGUUGGUCCCCAUAGCAUAGACCCGUCUCUGCCUUCGUGGUCUGAAAAGCCUGUUCACAUCAACAAGAAUCUAACUUCGGCCAGUGGUUCAAGUAUGGAUUCUGUCGUUCACCCUCAUUCCAAAGUUGGCCAAAAUAAAAAGAAAUCAUCUGCUUCACACCAUAGAGGGAAUUCUUUGAAUCUCCCACUUGGGAAAGAAUCAUCUAAAUCGCGGUGGUUUUUGGAUCCUUUCAAAAGUAAGAAGAAGCCAUUUGCUUCAAGUAGUUCACCCAAUUGUAGUUAUGUAAAGAAAUUGGAUGCAAUGAAGCUCCCUUCUGGGGCUGAGCCAUCCUUUUGGGGACAUUAUACUCCUGAGAAUGUAAAGAAGCAAGUUAGUAGUAGUACAUAUUAUCCAACUAACCCAGUGCAUGCAGAUGCAUUUAAGUAUCCAGCUGGGGUGCAUACAGACGCAUUUAAGUACCCUGCUGGGGUGCAUGCGGAUGCAUUUAUGUAUCCUGCUGGGGGCCAUACAGAUCCAUUUAAGUAUCCUGCUGGAUUAGAACCACCCACACCCUUGUGGACGCCACCUUUGACUAACCAUCCAGGUUAUUAUUUUCCAUUUCAUGGUUUACACGCUCCUCCUGAAGAUGUGGAAGAGUUCCCCUGGGUUCCGGAUUCCGCCCAAAAUCAAAAUAAUGCAGCUGCUGAAGGUAGUUCAACAUUCUCGAUUGAGGCAAUCUCUGGCAAGGACAAAGAUGAAAUUUUGAGGAGGUUCCAACUUUUUAAACAAUUUGAUACCGUGGAAGACUAUUCGGACCAUCACUAUACUGGCUAUGGUUCUACCACAAAGCAGCCAUCAAGGACUUGGGCAAAGAAAAUUCAGGAGGAGUGGAAGAUCCUGGAGAAGGAUCUACCUGAUACAAUAUUCGUUAGAGUUUAUGAAUCAAGGAUGGAUCUUUUGAGGGCUGUCAUCGUUGGAGCAGAGGGUACUCCCUAUCAUGAUGGUCUCUUCUUCUUUGAUGUUUUCUUCCCCUGUGGUUAUCCUAAUGUACCACCGAAUGUCUACUACCACUCUGGUGGCCUUCGACUCAAUCCUAAUCUGUACAAUUGUGGGAAAGUAUGCCUGAGUCUACUUAAUACCUGGUCUGGUAACAAGAAUGAGAAGUGGAUCCCAGGUGUAUCGACCAUGCUUCAGGUUCUUGUCUCCAUACAAGGGUUGAUCUUGAAUACAAAGCCCUAUUUCAACGAGCCUGGAUAUGCACAUAUGAGUGGCUCAGAGUCUGGUGAAAUGAGGUCCCAACAAUACAAUGAGGAUACAUUUGUUCUCUCACUAAGAACAAUGAUGUACACAAUGAGGAGGCCACCAAAGCAUUUUGAGGACUUUGUUAUGGGGCAUUUCCGAAACCGUGCCCGAGAUAUUCUGGUUGCAUGCAAAGCAUAUAUGGAAGGUGCUCAAGUAGGAUCUCUGGUCAAAGGUGGGGUGCAGGAUGUUGAUGUGGGUGACAGGAGCUGCUCAAAGCGGUUUAAGGAGUCUUUGGCAGGCUAUGUGGAUAUGCUUGUCAAGGCAUUUACUCAAAUUGGAGCUGAGGGCUGUGAGAUAUUCCAGUCUCCUGGAAUGAACGGGAACAAGCGUUUCUGUGGUAUGCCUAAGGCUGCAACAUGAACACUCUUCUUGAUGAAAGACUGAUUAAGACUUGACACAAAUUGUUUUCCAUCCUUGACAUGCAACUUAGGUUUCUAAUCCUAUUUUGAAUAGUUUUGAGAUAAAUUAUAGAGUAUCAUAUGUUCAUACCUUGAGGCCACAGACAUAAUUUGGGAUACUGUAUAUAGCUGCAGAUAUGAAUGGGCUUAAGAAGUCUCUGUCAACUGUUUUAGGAUAAAACCAGAUCCUUCCCAGUAAGUUACAGGUUUUGGUUUCUAUCUUGAAUAGACUUCAAUUCAAAAGUUUUUAUAUUUA